AUGUCGACUUCCACGCAGCUUAAGCCCAUCAAACUUCAUGGAAAAGGCGGCGCCAACCCGCCCAAAGUCGCCAUGGUCCUCAAAGAACUCGGAAUUCCUCACGAAACCAUAGACAUCCCCUUCAGCGACAUCAAGGGGCCCGAAUUCGUGGCCAUCAACCCGAACGGGCGGCUGCCCGCAAUCCACGACCCCAACACAGACAUCACCCUGUGGGAGUCGGGCGCCAUCUUGCUAUACUUGAUCGACAAGUAUGACCCGGACCACAAGAUCAGCUUCGCGCGCGAGACGCCCGAGUGGCACCACGCGCAGCAGUGGCUGUUCUUCCAGGCCAGCGGACAGGGCCCGUAUUACGGGCAGGCGGCCUGGUUCAAGAAGUUCCACCACGAGAAAUUGCCCAGUGCUGUGGAACGCUACGUGAAGGAGGCACACCGCGUCACCGCCGUGGUGGAGGGCCACCUGAUCAAGCAGCGGGAGACGUUCGGCGAGGCGGCCAUUGGGGCAUCGGGCGGGCCGUGGCUCGUGGGGAACAAGUACUCGUACGUUGAUCUGGCGUGGGUCCCGUGGCAGCUUAUUCUGCCGAUGGUGCUUUCAGCAGAAGACGGUCUGGAUUUGGACAAGUAUCCGGUGGUGGCGGACUGGCUCGCCCGCUUGAACAAGCGCAAGGCGGUCAAAUACGGAAUGGGUUCCAGCGAGGAGCUUUAG